UACAUUUUGCUUAUUUAUGUCAUAAAGCCAAGAAUAAAUGGUGCGAUCUAAAGCUUAAACCUUAAUGAUCAGCUUAAAUAUUGCUUUAGGAUCAUUAAAUAUCGGGUAUGUAGUUACAUACUUAACAUUAUCAAUUGAUACCCUUUUCGCAGUGCUGGGUAUAGGUGAAGAGGAAAAGACAGAGAGAUUAAGUUUACUUGCUGGAAUCCUUCCAUUAGGAAAUGUAGUUGGAGUAUUUGUUGGUUACUUGUUGAAAUAAAAAUUUACAAACAAAUAGUGCCUUCACAUAGCUGAUCUAAUAGGAAUAACUAGUCUGUUAGCUGUUAUAGCUGACUAUUAUCUAAUUGUUGUUGUCAGAUUCUUUCUCGGAGUUUCCAAUGGAAUAUCCAGUUAUUUGAUGCCAGUGUAUAUAAAAUCGAUCUGUCCACAAUAAUAUUUCGGUUAAUUUAGUAUGUUCGUUGGAUAUGGAAUAAAUACAGGCUAUGCAAUUGGAUAGUUGAUGGGAAUAGGAUAUAUAGAUUAUUCUGGGCCAUCUUCUAAUUGGUGGAGAGUGGUGUUCUUGUUCCCAACAGUCAUCUGCAUUCUACGUUCAUGUAUAAUGCAGUUUGUAUUUAAUUAUGACAGUCCUGAAUAAUUGAUACAAAGGGGAAACAUGGAAAAGGCAAAAUAUGUAUUAAAACAGCUAAUCAUUUAGGUCAUUUGCUCAAUUUAUAAAGAUCAAUAUGUUGAUGAACAAUUUGAAAGGUACCAGAAAAUGGCCACUGAUUAAUAGAAAUAAAGUAAUAAAUCAUUCUUGAGUGUUUUUGAAAGAAAGAAACUUGUUACUUUAUAGACUGGAAUAAUAUCGAUGUUAGUAUAAAUAUGGUGUGGAGUGUUUGCAGUAUUUUAUUAUAGUGCUUAAAUAUUCUCUGAUAUGGCUGAUGAUGAUGUUGUUUAGAAGACUAUAUAUACUUUCUGUUUAGGAUUGUCAGGAUUCGUUUCUCAGUUUUUUACAAUCUAUAUGGUCAAUAAAUUGGGAAACAAAUACAUUUUAAUGAUUGGAUCUUUUUUAAUUGGAUCACUUAAUUUAGCUGUUUCAAUUAUUUCUAGACAGGUAACAGCUGGAAAUGAAUUUGCUAUUUUUAUUUUGUUACUACUUUUGGUGAUGACAUUUGGAUCCACUUUAGGUCCAGCUGCUUGGAGUAUUGUACCAUAACUAAAUGAUAGUGAUGGAACCUUUAUCGCUACAGAAUUUAGAUGGGCAUUUUAAGCCAUUGUUGUAUUCUGUUUUCCUUUUAUGGAAAAGAAUCUUAAAAUAUUUGGUGCCUUUUUAUUCUUUGCUAUAAUUGACUUUUUAUAUUUUAUCUAUUGUCACUUCUUUUUGAUCGAUGGCAGAGGAAAAACAACGGAAUAAUUAAUUGCAGCUUAUCAUAAUAAAUUCGGUUAUUCAGUCGUUCCAGUAACCAAUUAAUAGCUAUCAAACAUAUAAACUGAUUUAUAAUAGCCUUAGGAGUAGCAAUUGAUAACUCAAUAAUAAGGAAAUCCAAAGAAUGAAAAUGAAAAGUGA